AUGGGAAGUGGCCAGGAGCGAUGGGAGACCCUAGAGGCCUCUGCUCACGCACCUCCCCGACCCCCAGUCCUCCUGACUGACAAGGAGGUGGGGCAGCUGCCGCCAGACGAGGCACUGGAUGAGGCUGUGCCGGAGUACCGGGCCCCGGGGAGGAAGAGCCUCCUGGAGAUCCAGCAGCUGGACCCGGAUGAUGAGAGCCUGGCCAAGUACAAGCAGGCGCUGCUGGGGCCCCUGCCUCCCGUUGUGGACCCAAGCCUGCCCAACGUGCAGGUGACCAGGCUGACACUGAUGUCUGAGCAGGCGCCGGGGCCCAUCACCAUGGACCUCACAGGGGAGCUGGCUGCGCUGAAAGACCAGGUGUUCGUCCUGAAGGAGGGUGUUGAGUACAAAGUGAAGAUCACCUUCAAGGUCAAUAAGGAGAUCGUCAGCGGCCUCAGAUGUCUGCAUCAUACCUACCGCCAGGGCCUGCGUGUGGACAAGGCCGUGUACAUGGUGGGCAGCUACGGCCCGAGUGCCCAGGAGUACGAGUUCGUAACUCCAGUGGAGGAGGCGCCGCGGGGCGCACUGGUGCGGGGUGCCUACGUGGUCACGUCCUUCUUCACCGAUGACGACAGGACGGACCACCUGUCCUGGCAGUGGGGCCUCCACAUCUGCCGAGACUGGGAGAGCUGAGCGCCGCCCACUGCCGGGGUGGCUGUCUUUCCACUUGGGGUUCUUGUCUCCCCCGCCUGUCAGUCACUGCACAGGGACCCCUGAGCACUCCCCAGCCCCCUCGAUCGGUGACCAGAUCCCCCCACGCCCUCUGCCCUGUCCCAGGACACCCCCUCCCCGGGCCUGGCACUGUGCCCUGAACAGCCCUAUUAAACGU